GAGCAGUGUGAAUUUAAAUCGAACCCUAUAUCGUAGUUAAUUGAACGAAUAAUUAAAAAAAGUAAUAAAAAGUUAUAAAAAGUUGAAAAAAUUAGAAACUAUUUUGUAGUAUUACGGUUUUAACGACAUAUCCUGAUUUUGUUUUUAUCCAAUAUUUGAAAUUGUUCCCUAUCGUAUAAAUAUUGAUUACUUUCUUCAAGUUUUCCAAGUAAUUUCUUUCAAGUGAACUUUACAAUUAUAUUAUAAUAGCACACAUACCCUCUAACAAUCAAAUAAAAAUGGAAGCAAAAGCAGAUAUUUCAUCUCAUUCUCAUUCUCAUUCUCAUUCUAGCCAUACAUAUAAACAUAAUCACACGCAUACACAUCCCUAUAGUCAUAAUCAUAAUCAUAGCCAUAAUCAUAGCCAUAAUAAUGGUCAUAGUCAUACAGUCGAUCGAGCUAACCAAAGUAGUCCUGGUUCUCCUAGUUCUCCCAAUGGCUCAAAUAGAUCAUUAAGCUCACACACUAAAGAUGCUACCGACAGCAAUAUUGGGAAUAAAAAAGAACAUUUGACUAGCAGUUCUUUAGAAAAAAUUAUAAAGGAAAGAUUGAAUGCCUCUAUAGUACAUGUUCAAGAUAUGUCGGGAGGCUGUGGACAAGCAUUUGCAGUUAUAAUUGUUUCUGAAAUAUUCAAUAAAAAAAACAGAAUAAUGAGACAUCGAUUGGUUAACAGUGCCUUGAAAGAAGAAAUAAGUGCUAUCCACGCUUUUACUCAAAAGAACUUCACACCUGAAGAGUGGGAAAUAGCUAAAAAGAAAUGACCGCCAUCUCUGGGUUUCUUUCGUGAUGUUUUUGUUUUUUUGCAGCUGCUUUUGUUUGUCAUUCUUCUCAAUGAUUUCGUGAUGGUUUCUCCAUCUCUUUCCACAAUUCUUUCAACUAAUCUUUAUAAGUUAUAUAUUUCAAUGAACAGGUCCGGGUUUAAAUAAUUCUUGCCACAAAAACGCUAGUGUG